CGCUCAUGCGGCCUGGCGCUGGCCAACGUCCGUUACGACUUGGUCAGCGUCGAGCGAUCUAUGUGCCGGUCCAGACGAGGCUGUCACAUAGCUCGAAUGCCCUGCAUCGCUCGGCGACAAGAUACCCAUCUAGACGGCCUUUGCCCAGCGUAUUGAUCCCUCCAGCUGCAUCGGCACGACGGCAUGCGAGCACUAGCAUCUUCAGCCAGCCCUGGGCGUUCUGGAAUCGCGCAGAGGUCAGUGAUGCUGACGCCAGACUACACGAUCUGGCCCGUAAAGCUGGCGAGGCCCCUCAUGACGUCGACGUUCAGACUGCCUACCUCAACGAACUCGCCGCCAAGCCUGACUCGGCCGAUCGCAGGAGCAAGCUUGUUCUACACUACGAGAGCUUGACCGGUCUCUUUGAUCAGGCCAAAUCUACGCCACUCCAGCGCACUUUGCUGACCAACACGGUCAUCUGGGCAGACUACAAGACUGCGCUGCAAGCUCAACUGGGCCCUACACAGGCUACGGAUGCUAUCGCGACAGUCGGCGCAAAGCGCGUGGGCAGAUUGGCCGUCACUGAUGAUGCAUCUGCUUCGAAACCUGCCGAGGAAUCGACCGCACCUGGAAUGACAUACGCUGACCCGUCGUUGCUCGUCAAUAUGCCGGCUCCGUCUGUACCGCUGGCCAGCUCGGUCGUCGGUGGUAGCGCAGCUAGCACAGUGCCGAGUCCGCAGGCGGCCAAUGUCCAAGCAACCACAUCGUCUUCACAUCCUCGCGCAGAGCUUGCAAAGACCGUAGCGAGUCAUCUGCAGAGCGGCAAACCGAUGACAGAAUACGCAGGAUCUGCAGCUCUACUCGGCGCCAAGAGCACAGGCGCAACUCAGGAGACCAUCAAGAUUAUCGUAGAAACCAGAACGCCGGAGCAGACCUGGUCAGAAUCACUGUACGCCGGCUUCUUGUGGAUAAUCAAGCAGCUCUUCAUCGUCCUGCUGUUCGUGUACAUUGGCUUUUACUGCAUCGGCGCGAUCAUGCAGUCCAGUGCCAGCCUGCUCAAGAAAGCUGGCAACGUCAAUGCGAUCGAGUUCAAGGCAGCACCUUCGCAGCAGCCGACCAAAUUCAAGGAUGUACACGGUGCAGAGGAAGCAAAGGAGGAGCUCGAAGAGUUUGUGCAAUUCCUCCGGGAUCCAUCGCGAUUCGCGAAGCUUGGUGGACGUUUGCCGAAAGGAAUCCUACUGACCGGCCCGCCCGGCACCGGCAAGACAUUGCUCGCACGAGCGAUCGCUGGCGAAGCAGGCUCGAACUUUCUCGUGGCAUCAGGCUCAGACUUUGACUUGGCAUACGUAGGCGUGGGAGCUGCCAAAGUGCGUCAGCUAUUCGCCGAGGCGCGCAAGAAUGCGCCCUGUAUCAUCUUCCUUGACGAGCUAGACGCGCUGGGUUCGAAGCGGAGCGGAGGCGAUCCCGCUGCAAACAGGCAGACCCUUAAUGCCUUGCUCGUCGAGAUGGACGGGUUCUCGCCUGCCGAGGGCGUGCUUGUGGUCGCUGCAACGAAUCUUCCUAACGUUCUGGAUCCUGCCCUGAUACGGCCAGGUCGAUUUGACCGUAGCAUAGCUGUGCCGCUGCCGGACGCCAUCGGUCGCCGCGAGAUCUUGCAGCACCACCUAGGCAACGUCAUCUACGAUCGUACAGUUGAUGUGGCCGCGCUGGCGAGAGGCACGACCGGCUUCAGUGGAGCCGCACUGGCUGCACUAGUCAAUCAGGCCGCCGUUAAGGCUUCCAAAGAAGGCAAAAGCGCUGUGCAGCAAGCUGACCUUUCGUGGGCUAUCACGCGAAAACUCAUGGGCGCCGAGCGGAAGAGCGGACGACUAUAUGACCAGGCGAUGAAGGAAGCAACGGCAGUACACGAAGCAGGUCACGCACUCAUGUCGAUUCUGACGAAAGGUGCAGUACCGCUCUACCAAGUGACGAUCAUGCCACGCGGCGAAUCACUUGGACAUACCUCGUUCUUGCAUGAGAGCGACGAGAAGACAUACAACAUGAGCUGUCAGGAGUUGAAAGCAAAAAUGGACGUCGCCUUUGGAGGACGGAUAGCCGAGGAGCUUGUGUACGGCAAGGAAAACAUCUCGACUGGCGCAUCAAGCGACAUUCUGCAAGCCUCACAGGUGGCAUCGCACAUGGUCAAGUCUUGGGGAUUCUCGGACGCAGUCGGUCCGGUCGCUUAUGAGCCGCGAGACUAUGAAACGUUGGCACCGGACACUAAGGCCCUCAUCGAGACUGAGAUCAGAGAACUCGUCGUCUCAGCCGAGGCACGCGCACGCGAUCUGCUUCUUCAAAACCGGGAGAAGCUUGAUCGACUGACGCAAGCAUUAGUCAAGUACGAAACGCUUGACUCGAAGGAAGUCCAGGCGGUCAUCAAAGGCCUGCCGAUCUCUCGCAGCGCACCAUAGAUCGCUCGUUGUUCUGUUGUAAUCUGCAUUAUGUCAUAUGUCAAGGUGGUG